UGAAGACGCAGCAAUUGCAAAGGCAACAGACAACAGACGAGAAUGGCAUGCGCUGGCAGCUGACAGAAAGCAGAAGACAGAGAGAAAAAGGACGAUGAACAUCCAUAUGAGGUUCGCUGGCUGGUCGCUAGUCGUUUACCACCACUCUGCCGUCUCGGAAGCUGUUGUACUUGUCGUUUCUGUCGUAGGGCCGGCUCUUACUGCAAACAAUCAUAUGCGUGUAUAUGAAGUGGAGAGGAAAGUCAUAACUUACUUGGGAAAGUAGGUGUUGGGAGGGGGGAGUCCUUCUGUGUGCCCUGGGGGCAUCCUGUCCCGUGUGGCCUGCACACGUGAGACAAAGCGAUCUGUCCAUCGUCAAGGAUAAAUGUCUCUGAAGUCUCCUGCCCACCACAUAUCCGUCCCUCUUGUGGGGCGGCACGUAGUCGCGCUCCAAGCUGCGCCUAGAAUCCUGGCGCACCUGCACACCACACACUCACCCACACACACACUGAGAGAGAUACACACGGACGGGUGCAAUAUAUAUAAUGCGACCACAUGCUCGCGCGCGUGUGUGUGUCCCACCUGCCGCUCGUACUGCUGCCGUGACGCUGCCAGUUCGUCACGCUCGCGCCUCAUGUUGUCCAUCUCCUGACGCAACUGAACCAACACACAGACACACGUACACACAGACACAUGAACAUAACAAUGGAAUGGCAUGAUGCGCGUCGCGUCAGAGGGCAUUCCAUCCAUCCAACUCACCCGGUUGACUUGUUCCUCGUUGGACUCGUUGGAUGCCGUGACGUUGCACCAUCGGGUGGCACACAUGCACCCCAACAAAGCCAGGGUGGCGGACGGCACUGCCCGUUGCCCUCCGUGCUGGCCCUGGUCGCUGCCAUAGUGUCUCUGUGGGCUGAGGCUCUCAGGCCCUUGGCCGAUGAGUGCAUCGAUGGCCUUGUCGAUGGCGGCCUCCUUGCGAUGCCAUCGUCGACAUUCCAUCCAACUCACCCGGUUCACUUGUUCCUCGUUGGAUGUCGUGGCGUUGGCCAGCUCCCCCCGAACUCUCAACAGCUCAGCCUGGUACUGCUCACACACAGACAUACACACGGCUGGCUGUUUUGCACACGUGAAUGUAUGGGGUGGUCUCUCUCUCUCUCUGUCCGUUGGUCUCUUGUGCGGUUUUGGCGUCCUCGCGGCAAUCGGCCAACUCGCGCUCAGCCUGACCACUACACAUACACACAUCCACACAUCAAUAACAUCAAUGCCCCCUCUCUCCCUCCCCUCCCCUCCCCUCCCCUCCCUGCCCCCAUCCCUCCCUCCCUCCCUCCCUCCCCGCGUGUCGUGUGUAUGUGUUUGUGAGGCCACCCACCUGGCGCCUGAGGGCUUCCUGUCGUUCGACGGCCUUCUCAACGUCAGCUCGCACCUGCACACCACGCACACAAAGAUACACACGGACGGGUGCAAUAUAUAUAAUGCGACCACAUGCUCGCGCGCGUGUGUGUCCCACCUGCCGCUCGUACUGCUGCCGUGACGCUGCCAGUCCGUCACGCUCGCGCCUCAUGUUGUCCAUCUCCUGACGCAACUGAACCAACACACAGACACAUAAACAUAACAAUGGAAUGGCAUGAUGUGCGUCGCGUCAGAGGGCAUUCCAUCCAUCCAGCUCACCCGGUUGACUUGUUCCUCGUUGGACUCGUUGGAGGUCGUCACGUUCGCCAGCUCCUUUCGAACUCUCAACAGCUCGGCUUGGUACUGCUCACACACAUACACACACACACGCAUUGUGCCCCAUAUCCUGGCUUGUGUGGUGGCAACUUACACUCCGUAUCGCAUGGUGUCCAUUCUAGCUAUGACGAUAGGCAGCACAUGAAGGCAGGUCUUUGUGGUUCGUGUGGUGAAACUCACGGUGGCGUACCUUCAGCCCAUUCGUCCUCAU